AUGUUCCAGGAAAAUUGGACAUCUGUAACAGUAUUUUUCUUCCUGGGAUUUUCCCACUACCCCAAAGUUGAAGUCAUCAUAUUUGUGCUGUGUCUGCUGAUGUACCUGAGUGCUGUGCUGGGCAAUAUAAUUCUGAUCUCCAUCACUAUCCUGGAUUCCCACCUGCACACCCCCAUGUACUUUUUCCUCAGCAACCUCUCCUUUCUGGACAUCUGGUAUACCUCUUCUGCUCUUACCCCAAUGCUUGCAAACUUUGUUUCAGGGAAAAACACCAUCUCCUUCUCAGGAUGUGCUUCUCAGAUGUAUUUCUCCCUUGCCAUGGGCUCUACUGAAUGUGUGCUCCUCUCCAUGAUGGCCUAUGACCGGUAUGUGGCCAUUUGCAACCCCUUGAGAUACCCACUCAUCAUGAACAGGAGGGUCUGUGUGCAGAUUGCAGCUGGUUCCUGGUUGACAGGCUGCCUCACUGCCCUGGUGGAAACAGUGCCUGUGCUGCAGCUGUCUCUCUGUGGCAACAGUAUCAAUCAUUUCACUUGUGAAAUUCUGGCUAUCUUGAAACUGGCUUGUGUGGACACUUCUGUGGUGCAGUUAAUUAUGCUGGCGAUCAGUGUGCUUCUUCUUCCCAUGCCAAUGCUGCUCAUCUGUAUCUCUUAUGCAUUUAUCCUCUCCAACAUCCUGAGAAUCAGCUCAGUGGAUGGCCGAAGCAAAGCCUUUUCAACCUGUGCAGCCCACCUGACUGUGGUGGUUCUGUUCUAUGGGACAGCUCUCUCCAUGUACCUGAAGCCCUCGGCUGUAAAUUCACAGGAAAUAGAUAAGUUUAUGGCUUUGAUAUAUGCAGGAUUAACGCCCAUGUUGAAUCCUAUUAUCUAUAGUCUACGGAACAAAUAA